CUUAGAUUUCCUAAAUCCGCGAAAACUAUGGACCAUAUGCAGUCCAGUAUGCCUUAGCGGUAGUUUUUAUCAAUUCCAGGGCAUUUUUGGCCCGAUUUGAUCGGGAAUACCCUGCGAGAUUGUUCGACGUUUGAACUGGGAGAGGUUUGCCCUUUGUGGCUUUUGCUGUCAUGGCGUAUGCGAUUAUCUUCAUGUGGCGCGCUAAAGCUCGCCUCGUAUUGUCGUGUGCUAGAUUGUGUGCAUGUACAGUACAUGUACAUGUACGUACACGUAUAGUGCGCGGCUGUUCUGUGUGAUAAAUUGGUGUGCAGCAAACCAGCAAUGCAGUGACCAUUCAUCCAGGAAAUUUCAGAGAGAUAAAUAGUUCCUUCGUUAUACUGCUGCUACGUGGUGCGUCUUUGGAAAGUUUUGUCAAAUUGGACGAGCACAGUUUGACCCAGCAUUCAUUGUAUUGCCCAUUUAGAUUUACUUUGCAUGAUGCAGCCCUUGCAAGCAGGCCUAGCAUGCAAGCUGGAAGAGUGUUCUUGUGAAAUUUCUGUGUGGAAUCGGCCGUCGGUUUCUGUCAGACAAACACAGAGCAAAUGUCCACCGUGCAGAACAUUACAACCCAGGCACAGCCUGUGCAGAUCCAAGUGGCCCAGUCGGGACAGCAACAGCAGCCACAAGUUGUUCAGGUUGGGGGCACCGGGCAGAUCAUGGCCUCUGGCCAGCCAAUCACCAUCCAGCUAGCAGGUGGCCAAGGGGGCACCGUCCAGCUUCAGCAGGUCGGGCAGAUGCUGCAGGUGACCGGUCAAAAUGGCCAAGUACAGCAGAUUCAACUUGUUCAGCAACCACAGCAGGUCCAGUUGCAACAACAACAGCAAGCGACAACGACCACCCAGCAGCAACCCCAGCAGCAACCGCAGCAACAGCCACAGCAGCAGCAAGCACAGCAGAUCACCGUACAGCAGCAGCCCCAGUCACAGCCGAUCAUCUUGCAGGCUAGUCAGCAGCAGGUGGCAAGCCAGGGCGGAGGCCAAAGUCUUCAGUUGCAGCAGUUUGUCACCCCCGACGGCCAGACCAUCCUUUACCAGCCGGUCACCAACACGGACAGCACGGUGGGUCUCCAGCAGACGAACCAAACUACAACUCAGAAUGCUAACUCCAUCAUGACGGCCAUGCCUGUCAACUCCGAUGGAGGAAUAGUCAUGAUGGUUCCGGGAACUGGCGGGGUGUCAACUAUGCAGAGAAUACCCCUCCCGGGGGCCGAGCUUCUGGAGGAGGAGCCGCUGUAUGUCAACGCCAAGCAGUACCACCGGAUAUUGAAGCGCAGGCAAGCGCGGGCCAAGCUGGAGGCAGAAGGGCGGAUCCCAAAGGAGAGGAGGAAAUACCUGCACGAGUCGAGACACACCCAUGCCAUGAACAGGGUGAGGGGAGACGGAGGCCGUUUCAAUACCGGAAGUCGGGGGGUGGCGACCAACCAGUCCUCCUUGGAGGAAUCCCCAACCAUGGUGCCCAGGUCAAAGUUCCCGCAGGGGGAGAACGUGUCACAACAGCAACAGUUUUCUGUCAACAACCAAGCUGGUAACUCUGACUCGGACAGCUCGCUCAACAUCAACCUCGACAUGCUGAGUGAUUCCCCUCAAAUCGGUGCCAACAACCAGUCGCUCCUCGAGCCGUCGCCCAAUGUCACAACCAACGGGACGACAAACACCGUGUAGCUUUUUGAUACAUGUAAGAUUUGUAAAUAUAAGGCAAGGAACGAUAGUAACGUCAAAUCAGAAAAAGUGUGGGAUGGAGUCAUGGAAGUGCUGCAUUGUGACCAACAAUCAGCUUUAUUAGAGUUUCAGCCACACCCUUGAGACAACUUACAUCGUUUCAGACAGGCGUUCUAGGGUCGCACUAAACCAUAUAGAAUUAAGAGUGGCUCAGGUCGACCCAAUUAAAUUUUGGUUCCAGACAGACAAACUUAACACAUACAUUUGCAUUGGCUUUGGCUUAUGAGAACGGCGACGUCUGAAACUAAGUUGUGUCAUUCAGAGCGCUUUCAAUUGUCAAUCUUUCGUCUGCUAACACGCCUGGUGGUAAUUGUUUCAGAUGUUGCACUUUUGCCGUACUUAAUUGAAAAUUUGUUCAUAAUUUGGAUCGGCGUUACUCUAGAAUGCCUGUUUGAAACGGGGGUUAGAUUUACAUGCAACACACAUUGUAUGUGGCAUGCACAGAUUAAACCAGUGAUGAAAGUCGUUGAGUGCCAUAUGCACGGUGCCGUGUGCUGAAAUGUUCUGACGCUUCAAUGAUGGUACAUACACAACUUUCAAGAUGAUGAAUAGUGUGUACAUGUCAUCACAGACAGGCAAAGACUGCCCCGCUUGCUACUUUUUUGCCAUUCGUAGAUUACAGUAAAACACAUAACCAGAAAAUGAUUUCUCUUGUCAUUUCGAUCUUUUUGUUCCAGUGUCUAAAAGCUUUGUGUUGGAACAGUUGUUUGGAAUAAUUGGCAACUCAGGAGUCGUGUUCCUGCAUUCGCUCCUAUGGGGGAUAAACAUGGGUAUUUCUGAAAAGCAAGAAUUUGAUUUCAUGCAUAACAGAAUUUCACUUAAAUUUAAAGUAUCGAAUGUUCCACUGCCUCAUAUCUCUCGGCAAAGUUGUGAGAGUUGACAAUAUUUGUAAUCACAUAUAUGGGAAUGGAACACAGAAUAAUGUAGUGUUGGCCGAGAGGUAUAUGGGAACACAUUAUUCUGUGAUCCCUGAAUGCGAGUGUGAUAACAAAUUUAUCUUCAAGCAAACUUGACGUGCAGUUAAGAUGUUUAAUAUAGGGGCCUAUGUGCACAAGCGCGCCACCUUUGAAUUGAAGGUAAAUUUCACAGUUGGGCAUUUUGCUUUCAGCGUAAAAAUAGUGCAUUGCCUGGAGUUAGAACAACGCAUUAUGCAGGCUUUGACAUGGACCGCGCAAGCCAGUUACAUGUAUGUCACACUGUUUUAUUGCCAUGGAUCGACCAAAAUCAAUGGGUCAGUAAAAAUUAAGAAUUCACGUUUGCGGGAAGAGAGACAUAAAUGGCUGCACAAGCCUAUUUUGCUCAUUGCAACAGAUUCACACCUAUUUAUCCAUCUUUUUUAUGUUGAUUAGAUUUUUUUUUUCUCAGUAAAGUCCACCUGCCACAGGAGUUAAUUUUUAUGAAAAAUAGCAGAUAGACUUCGACUAAACAAAAGUCUUUCUCCUCUUUUUAUAAGGGUUGAAGCAGGGCUUGUUUUCAGAUGGAGAUGACAGAUUUUUUCCAAGAUGAUGACAGAAUCUCCAGACUUUUUUUCUGGUGCAUCAUUUUGUGUCAAAAAAAAGAGAACUCGCCACAUCUAACAGGUUUUUAACUUUUACUUUUCAUUGCCAAGUAAAUUAUUUGGAUCACAUAAAAAGUCAAACUACAUGUACGUGGCAAAUUAAAAACCUUCCAAAAAAAAAUUCAGGAAAAAAGAGCAGGUUGGAUUGAGAGAGUGCUUUACUAUUUUAGCCGGCCUCACUGCCAACAUUAUAUUAUUUCAAAACAAAAGUCCUGUCAUUUGGGUUGUAGUGAAUUUCAAACAUUGUUUCUCCACUUUCUUCUUUCCCACUGUAACUCUAGGGCACUGCUUUUCGAAAAUGCAUGGAGAUUGAACUUUCAGUGAAUGUGUCAACAGUUUUUGAUCACCUGCUCAGUGAUUUUCUUUACAAAAUGAGGUUCAUUAAAGUUUAUUUCUUCAGCACUAUCCCACCAUUGUACCUGUAUGUACAUGUACAGUGUAUAUGUAUCAAGCACCAAGCUUGUUUUUCUAUCUUCAGAAUUUCCAAACUUUCCUAGAAAUGUAGUUUGUGUAAAUAUUUUAAUGGCUUUUCUCUUGUUCGCUGCUUUUUUCUGUUUUUUUAUGUACAAAGAUUGACCCACUUGUAUUAAUUUAUAUUUCCCAUUUUAGUAGAAAUAAAAGUGAUACGAGAACUGAAAUUGAUACAAGUGGUAGUGAUGGGGGGUGUCCAAAAUGAUGUUUUAUGCAAGUAAAAAAACAAAUUUGCAUAAAAUUUGUGCAAAUUAUUUCCGACCUGUUGAAAUGAAUACAAAGAGCUGCGAGAGACAUUGCAAACCUACACUGUAAUACAUGUACAGCCGAACCUUAUUAAGAAGAGGUCCUUCGGACGUGGCAAAUUACCUUGUUAUAACAGGAACCUUGUAUUAUCAGGAACAAAAACAAAGGGUUGGGACUUAAAAUUUUCCUUAUUAUAAGCAGAAUCUUGUAUUAACCGUAUUUUUAUUAACAAGGUUCAGCUGUACAUGUAUUUCAACACCAGUACUUUCCUCUUUCGGGCCUUUGACAAGCAAUGAGUGACCAAAAUUGAACAAAUGAGGGUAAACCGCUGUACAAGGAAAGAAUUCACAGUAAAAAUGAAUCGAUCAGAUACAUGCAUUUUUUUGUUGUAUACCUGAAGUUGCAGUUUAUUUCCAGAAUGCACAGAUGCUGUCUUCAGUCACUGACAAACUGGAGUCUGCAAUCCUGAAACACAAACGACCUGAGUGGCUGUACAUGUAUACUGUUCGGGCAUAAAGAUGCGUUUUUUUUUAUUUCAAGAAAACUUAGCAGAGUUAAUGCAAGAUUACGCAUAUAAAACUGCAGGGUCUGAAAUGUUCACUUUCGCAGAUGCGCAGCAUACAGUGUUUCCUGUGCGUAUGUACAAGCCAGUCCAAACACAGGAUGAUCUGUUACAGCAGAUGUAUCGCAGCGUCGCGAGUGGGGAGUGGCGUUUGCCUUUUCUGGAGAAAAAAA